AUGUAUAAAAUGGAGUAUUCUUACCUAAAUUCCUCUGCCUACGAGUCAUGUAUGGCCGGGAUGGACACGUCGAGCUUGGCAUCGGCCUAUGCGGACUUCAGCUCGUGCAGUCAAGCCAGCGGGUUUCAGUACAAUCCCAUCAGGACCACUUUCGGGGCCACCUCCGGCUGCCCGUCCCUCACGCCGGGGUCCUGCAGCCUGGGGACCCUGCGGGACCACCAGAGCAGCCCGUACGCCGCAGUUCCCUACAAGCUCUUCACGGACCACGGCGGACUGAACGAGAAGAGGAAGCAGAGGCGCAUCCGGACCACGUUCACCAGCGCCCAGCUGAAGGAGCUGGAGCGGGUCUUCGCCGAGACGCACUACCCGGACAUCUACACCAGAGAGGAGCUAGCACUCAAAAUCGACCUGACUGAAGCCAGAGUGCAGGUGUGGUUUCAAAACCGGCGCGCCAAGUUCCGCAAGCAGGAGCGGGCAGCUGCAGCGGCCGCAGCGGCUGCCAAGACCAGUUCCGGAAAGAAGGCAGACUCCAGAGACGAAGACAGCAAAGACACCAAAUCCACCGACCCCGACAGCACAGGGGGACCGGGCCCAAACCCGGUUCCCACCUCCAACUGCGGUGGGCCGAGCCCCACCGGCGGGCAGGUCAACACCACCGGGAACGGACAAGUGGACCAAGUGAAGACCUCCGUGUCCACCGGCAUGGGGGUGACGGCACCGAGCCAAGGCUGGGCCACCGCCCCGGGGACCAUCACCUCUAUCCCGGACUCGCUGGGUGGUCCAUUCGCCAGCGUACUGUCGUCCUUGCAAAGACAGAACGGAGCCAAAGCUACAUUAGUAAAGACCAGCAUGUUCUAA